ACGGUAAUAACCCUGUCUGUGUAGAAAGUAGUAGAUUAGUGCAUCAUCGUAAUCGUCUCUCUCUCUUCAGAAUGGGAAGCGCUCCGGCACAAAUUCCGACGAGCUUCGGGCAUGAGCUUCGGGCUUGCCUUCGUUGCCGCCUCGUCAAAACCUACGACCAGUUUAGGGAAUCGGGCUGCGAGAACUGUCCUUUCUUUAAGAUGGACGAGGAUAAUGAGCGUGUCGUCGAUUGCACCACCCCCAAUUUCACUGGGAUAAUUUCAGUCAUGGAUCCAAGUAGAAGUUGGGCUGCUCGGUGGUUGCGAAUUGGAAAAUUUGCCCCUGGCUGUUACACUCUUGCAGUCUCAGAGGCUCUUCCGGAGGACUUGCAGAAUUUAUGCCAAGAUGAGCAUGUGCAGUAUGUGCCACCAAAACGUGUAUGAGUGUUGUUGAAAGUUUCUGAAGUUUAAACAUUUUGAUGUAAUCAAAUCAAAUACUUGUUCUGAGACUCAUUGGUCUUAUAAAAUGAGCAUCCAGUUGGUACUUGAA